AUGCACGAACUGAUGCGCCCGGAUCGAGAUGACUAUAUCAUCGUGCACGAGGAAAAUAUUUCACCUGGAUACCUAGAGGAAUUCCGACGUUUGCUGCCGCAUGAAGCCCAAAUGUGGAACAGAGAUUUUGAUUUUCAGUCUGUCACUCUGUACGAUCCAUUUACAUUCUCGGCAAACUCGAAACCAGUAUGGGAGCCUCGAAAACCUCUGGAUGAUACUCCUCUAUUUUCUCUCCUUGAAAAGGAUUUAUCAUUUGAAGAUGCCGCGGCCAUUAAUCUUCUUUAUAACUGUGGAGCACAUUGUUCCAAACGGCGUGCACCUUGUCGACCGGAUGAGUAUCUGACCAAAUCCUGUCGCUGUGAAACACGCGAAUCUUAUGCCUUUCGCCGUUGCAAGGACGAUCGGACCCAUCGGGCCUAUUGUGCUCUGGCUAUCGAGUUGAACAAAUGCUACGAUGAGACCAGGUUGGCGGUACCGUUCUGUCGGAAGACUUGCGGCCGUUGUUUCCGCUCAGGAAUAUUUGGUCGAAUAGCACCUCCGCAAAAAAUGUGCCGCGACUUGGAUCCGAAGAGGUGUCCAAACUUUGUGCAAGAAGGUUUCUGUUACUUUGAUGCUUGGACUCGAUUAAACUGUCAAAACUCUUGCGGUCUCUGUCCACCACUGCGAAUAGCCAAACGUCAGGUGUACAAUCUGGACGCUCGCAGUUACUUGGCGGCCUAUCAGGAGGGAAAAUGUUUGAACCGAUUCGAUGAUCUAAAAUGCCAAAUUUUUGCCGAUCGCGGAGACUGUAAAGAAAAUCCAACAUUUAUGUCCAGCUAUUGUGCCCUGGCAUGUAAUAUGUGCGCAAACAAAAGUUUGGGCGAUUUGCGCUACCUCCGGUUGAACACUGCGCCGUGCAGAAAUUAUAUUGAUGAUGAUCGCUGUGAUGCAUUGGCCAAAGAGGGCAAAUGUUACGGGACAACGAAAAAGCAGUGCCUUGCAUCGUGCAAUCAAUGCGGUAGUAGCUAUUGGGAAAAACGCGCUCAAAUCAAAGCCGCCCCACAGCCAGUGAAAAGAUGCAUAGAUCAUUCGGAUCUUUGUCCGCACUUCGUCGAGUUGGGUGAUUGUGACCAUAAACGGGAGCUGAUGGAACGUAUCUGUGCAAAAGCUUGUAAAUUUUGCGUGGCGAAAUGUGAGGAUUUCGAUCCACCGGAAGUGUGCAAUGAUGUGGUUCGGCGUGGCUACUGUCGUCGUUGGGGCAGUUACGGUGAACGUUGUGCCCAAUCCUGUGAUCUUUGCUCCAAUUUGGAAAAUGCAUCCAGCACAGGUUCUAACAUCCUGCUUAGUCGACGCUCGGUGGAAGAAUCGUCAGUGACUACCAAAACAAAUACUGCGGUUCAUAGUAGCCAACGUCUUUUACGACCAAUCAUAGCAAGAAUGCAAGGAAAAACCAAUCGAUUGAUUUUUCUUGUCGAGAUUCCCGUCCGUCCAGUAUGUGUCGUUCUUGGGCUCGCUCUGGAUAUUGCAUUCACCCUCAUGUCUCUAGUCUAUGUAAAGCAACCUGUACUGUUUGCAAAAGUUCAUGAUCGAAAAUAUAGCAAUUCAUCUCCAUGGGAGUUGGAUUCAAUUUUAUGA